ACAAACUCGAACAAAAAACUAAAUUAUAAUAUCAAACGAACAUUUAGUUUUUAAAAAAUUAAGGAUUUUAUAUUUUUAUACACUUUUUGUACAACAAAAAAAUUAAUAAUUAGAUAAAUUGUGAGACAAAAUGUUCAAACUACUCGGUGUGCCAACACUUCUAGCAUUCUACACUUCUAUUGCGGCGGCGGGUAGUAUUGGUGGCUAUCACUAUGAAAAGCCCUCAGUGUCGCUGGGUUUGGUAACGGGUCCCGCUAAUCUGGGACAUGGUCACAAUUUUGGACCGAUACCAACAUUACAACCACUACCACCAGUGCCCGCUCUACCAGCACUACCUACACCACGUUCAAAGGGUCAAUUUGUGCAAACUCAAACUUUGUAUCAAACCCACCCACUACAGUCCAGCACUUACUUGCCUUCCGCCGGUACAGGUAUAGGUAAAAUAGCUCAACAAUAUCAAUCGCCAGCACAACAAACACCACAACGUCCAGCUGCAUCAGCACCCUCAGCUCCAGCCAUAAGAUCGACACCAUCGGGAUAUGGCUUCUCGUCACGCUCAGCAGGUUCGAAUUUGCCUAACCCAGCUCCUGCACCAAAUCAACCAUUGCGUGUGCCUUUUGGCAAACAGGCUAUUGUCAGUUUUCCCACCGGAUCAGCCAGCGAAAAUGCGUAUCAGGCCAAUGGACGCCAAUUGAAACAGUAUGCCGUUUAUGAAAUCAUUGACAAUGACAUUGAACAAAAUACUCAACCCUUCCUGGGCACACCAUUCUUUGACAGCUUCCGUGCUCAUGUGGGAGCCUCAGGAACUGGUGCCACUCCUGAACCCGUUGGUGGCAUACAAAUUGGCACUAGAUCCAGUGCCUCGCUAUUGGGACAACAGCGUUCAGCCUCUCAGCGUUCCUCCAAUGAUGCUGUGGCUUUGGGUUCUGGUGGUUUGGGCUUUAUACGUCUAGCUAAUGGCAAUGUCUAUUUGGGUUCCGGUUCCUUGGGCUACGUCAGUGGUCAACAGCAUUCUCAAGAAAUUAAUGAGGCUCGCACACGUACGGGGGCAUCUCAGCCAGAUGCUGUACAUUUCGGUCAUGGUGCUUUGGGCAAUCCUGGUUUUAACAGAUUUGUAUAUAGAUUUAAAUAAAUGUUAAAUAUAAACACAUACAUACACCUAAUAAUUGUAAUAUACAUAAAUAUAAAUCUUUGUUUGUAAACUAUUUACUUUUUACUAUUUGUAAAGAACUAUUACUUAUAUACAUACAAAUAAUAACUUUAUACAAAUGUACAUAA